AAGUGACUACUAUAGUAUUUUGGUGUAGUGUGUCGUAAUACAAUUGAAUUAAGUUCAGGAUAAGUUUAUUGAACAUCACUCCGAAUAUUUUUAUAUCCAUUGAUUAUAUGUGUGAAACAAUCACGCCCCUUGCAGUACGCCUUUACAGGCUUAUGUUCGACGUGAAUAUAUAGAAUAGUUAUGGCUGGUCAGAUUUGGCGAGUGUAUCUUGGAAUAAGUGCACUGGUUAUGUUGACUCAGAAUAUUGUCAAUGGUAAUCGCUGUUCAGAUAAUGUUUUCAUGGCUCAACACCCAACAGAUAUUAUUUUCGAUUCGACAAAUAACAAAUAUUACCUUGCUGGAUCAAACUUCAUCUAUAAGUUGAAUAAUUCUUUUUGUAAAGAAUAUGGAAUCAACGCUAGUUUAGAUAGUAAUAACAUUAACCACAUUCUAGUGAAACAUGAUGAUUCGUUGAUAUUCUGUGGAACAGGUGGUGGUGGUAUUUGUAAAAAGGUUGCCGUGUCAAAUUUUAACGCCACGAAGAACCCGUCUAAAGUCUCGAUUGUCCCACAGUAUAAGUCGUCAUCCACUGUUGCCUUUGUUGGUAAAAUAGCAAAUGAAUCGGUUUUGAUAGUUGCAUUAUCUGCACCAAAGAGCGAAUUCUCCAAUUAUAGUCUAAUAAGUGUUCGUGAUAUCGAUACAUUCGGUAUACUCUGUAAAAACUUUGUCGAGAUGCAUUUCGAAUUUAAAACCGAUGAUGAUAAAAAUAAUUAUUUAGAAAACUACAUUCCAAAAACUGGGUUUAGUUCACACGAAUCUGCUUUUAUUGUGACCUAUCAGAGAUUUGAUAAUAUAUCAAACAAAAUGACACCUAAGGUGGCAAGAAUUACUAAAUGUAACAAUGGUGAUUAUGUCUUUACUGACACCGUGAUUGAAUGCGAUAACAGCACCAGUUUAAAGCAUGCAGCGAUUUUAAGAGAGGACGGAAGCUCCCAUGCUACAUACCUCGCUGCUAUAUUUGAUAAUGAUAUUUGUAUCUACAGAAUGAGCGACCUUAUAGAACAUUUUGAUAACAUUACUAACACUAUAAAAAAUCAGCAGGAUAUUGUAUUAGGUCCUUUAAAUAAACCAUUGAGACCUACAAAGAGGAUACCCCUACCUAAUCUGUCUAAAAUAACAUCAUUCACUGCUACUGUUUUUAACAAUGGACGCCAUGUGCUGUUUUAUAUUGGAACGGACCGAAGAGAAAUAUACCGGGGGUUUAAUUCAGAAAAUGUAAAUGAAUUCAAUGGAAUACUAAUUCCAUUUAAAACAGAAAAAGAAAUUCACCGAUUAAAGUUUGUACAUGAUGGCAUUGUUGCUUUUACAAAUAAUUCUGUAAAAUAUGAAAGUGAAAGUCAAUGUACCAAUAAAACAUGGGAUACAUGUUUAAAAAAUACAUUGGGUCUUGGUUUAUGUGGUUGGUGUAUAAAAGUCCAGAAGUGCACAACCCUGGCCGCGUGUGGAGAAAACAGAUAUUGGCUUCCAAGUAUUCAAACCAAACCAAAUGUGUUUUUAAAUGUGUCACCAAUCCAAAUGGGAAAGGAAAAAGAGUUCCGAAUACAUUUCAACUUGACGGCUUUGCUAAAUUACGGCAAUUUUACAUGCUUCUAUAGUAGAAUCAAUGGCAUCCAUGGCAUAAAAGACAUAGACUUUGAUGUAACUGACGUCAGCAGUGAACCCAAAUGUAAAGUUCCAGCUCAAACAGGAAACCAUUACCUAAAUCAGACUGUGCUUCUUCGGUGGGGUCAAAACAAAUCCAAUGUGGCAGAACAGGUCAUCUGUUAUUACAACUGUACUUCUAUCAACGCUUUAUAUCGUUGUGUUCAAGGUAACUGUCGACCAACAAACUGCAAGUGGUGUGUUUGUAAUGAACUAUGUAUUAAUUCAGAUGAAGAAUGUCCAGGUCCAGAUAGUAAUGCACCUGGGAAGCAAGUUAUUUCUUCCAAUCUUCCCCGUGCAGUUUCUAAAGCAGAGAUCCAUGUCGGACUAAACAAAUCCAUUAGUAUAUAUGGAAUACACUUCAUAAAUCCGAAUUCCUGUGAUGACAAUCAAAUUAAACCUAGGUGUAGUAUCAAUGGUGCAAUUCUUGGAGCAGAUUAUAUAAAUCACACAACAAUACAAUGCUCUCCUUACAAGUUGGAAUCAAAUACCACAAUUGAACUUCACUAUGGCAAUUUGACUACCAUUCGCGAAACAAUCCAAGUUGGAACGUACAACUGUACUGAUAUUGGUAUGGACUGCAGUACAUGUCUGGACAACUAUAUGAAGUAUGGGUGUCUGUGGUGUGAAGCUCAGCAUCAGUGUGAACAUAAAGAAUUAUCAAAUUGUUCCAUGGCACCCCAAUGCCCAAAGCCAAAAAUCUACGGUGUUUCCCAAAACGCUACCUUAAUACACGGCGGUGAACUUAUUACUAUACAUGGUAAAGGUCUAGAAAGGUUUGAUGAAGACACUGAUAUUGUCCAGCUGGCAGGAGUAAAUUGCACAGUAAUCCAACAUCUUUCCAAUUCAGAUAGGAUAAGUUGUAAAGCCGGAAUUGUCAAUGAAGCAAGAUACGGAAAUGUUACAGUUCGCAUUAGGAAUCAUACAAGUACAUUACUUAAACAAGUAUUUAGUUACAAGGAUCCGAAGGAUUCUGAAAUACUUUUUAAUAAAGGACCUGUAGCCGGUGGAACAAAACUCAACAUCACUGGAGCUGAUUUUGAUGUUUGCUCCAAGGAUGACCUCAACAUUACCAUUGGCAAUAAGUUUGUCUGUGCGACUGAUACUCUAACUUCAACAUGGAUUGGGUGUACAACUAGUCCUGGAGAAAUAGCCAAUAAUCUUUCUAUUCACCUGACCUUCCGAAACAGUAACACAAUUAAAUUGAACAGUACGUUCUGCUAUGUUGCUGAUCCAACGCUGAGUUACAUCACACCUAACAAAACAAUUUCAAGUGGUGGAAUAGAUAUAACAGUUGUUGGCAACGGUUUUAAUGCCAUUCAACAACCGGAAAUUGGCAUUGUGGGGUCUUCAGAUUUUGUGCCGUGCUCUGGUUUAAGAAAUGAUAGCAUGAUCCUGUGUCCAUCCCCAUCGAAUACUGUACCAAUCUCACGGUCUAAACGUGACUUAACAACACAAAAAGGAAUAGUUUUCAAGAUGGAUGGAAUCAAACUAAAGAGUGAAAUAGCUUACACCCCAGAUCCCGUCAUAUUAGAAUUCGAAGAAGAGAAAAACAUUCGAUCAUUUUCGAAAGAAUCUGGAUAUAUCAUUAUAAAAGGAAGUCGAUUAAAUGAUGCUGUCCAGGCAAAGGAUUACACCGUAUCCGUGGGGAAAAGCGAGUGUGAUGUGGUACACAGGUUAACAAGUACAGAACUAAAAUGUUAUCCGCCUAUUAAAGAACCGAACAAACAAAACGAAACAUCACCAGCCCCAGAGGUUCAGGUAAAAAUUGGUAACCUGGUAUUUGAAGUUGGCUAUUUAAAAUAUAUAUAUGUGAAACCUGAAACUGAUGAUCCGACGUUAUAUAUUAUUAUUGGUAUAUUGGUAGCUGUUGUUGUAGGUGUGGUUAUUGGAUCAGUUGUUAUAUUUAAAUACGUAUCAAGAAGGAACAAACAGAAAUGCCAAGAUGUGAUUGAAAAAACAGAAAUGGAAGUGAUUGAACAAUGUCGAGAGGCUUUUGCCGAUUUGCAGACGGAUAUGACAGAUAUAACUGCUGAAUUAGUAGAACUUGGAAUUCCAUUUAAUAAUUUGUUUACAUAUGUAUUUCAAUUUGUAUUUCCACAAUGUUCUGGUGAGAAUAUCAAAUCACAUACAGCACUGAAUGAUUUACAGGAUCACGAAGGAACUAAAGAAGACAUGGCGGCAAGCAUGACCAAAUUAGAUCAGUUAAUCAGUAAUAAAUUUUUCGUCGUUUCUUUUAUUCGGACAAUGGAUAAUCAAAGAAAAUUUAAACUACAGGACAGGUCUGAUGUGGCUGGUUAUCUAACAUUACUUCUAAUAGACAAAAUGGACUAUUUUACAGAGAUAGUUGAACUGCUGCUACCAAAGCUGAUUCGAGAACGCGUAAGCAGAAAGCAACAAAAGUAUAUAUUUAGACGAUUGGAGACAAUCACAGAAAAAUUGGUCGUAAAUUGGUUAGCUGUUUGUAUGUAUGGUCCCUUAAAGAAAUGUUCCGGAUCUACGUUGUUUAUGUUAUAUAAGGCUAUUGAAAUCCUGUCUCAAAAAUCUGCUAUCGAUGCGGUCACUCAACAAACACGUGCAACGUUAUGUCAACAUAAUUUACUGGUAAUUGAUUUUGAACCGGAAGUGCUGAAUUUGACUGUUUUGAUAAAUAAUGGUAAAUUUGAAACAACCUGUCGAGUACUUGACUGUGAUACCAUUACUCAAGUUAAGAACAAAUGUAUAAACGCCUGUUAUAAGAUAGAAUCAACAUCAACCAAACCUAGAGUGGAGGAAAUAGAUUUAGAAUGGAGGAUAUCCGAUUCCGCUCGUAAACUUUUAUAUGAUGAAGAUCAGUCAAGUGUUAUAACUAGUAAUUGCCACCGGAAGUUAAACACAAUGGAACAUUAUGGCGUUAGCAGUGGCUCUACUGUUUGCCUUUUGUCCAAAGAUUUAGUUACAGCUGAUUCCGAAUAUGAAAACUUGCAAUCAAUGAACGAACGUAAGAAUCUGGUGCCCACGGAAGAUCCAGGGCCAACACGGUUAUUAGAACUCCUUACUUUCCAUUUGGUAAAUCAAUCAUAUUUGGUUGGGAAUGAAGAAAAAUGGGCGACGAAGAAAGCACUAGCGGAAUUGAAUUUGAACAGACUUUUGCAAACCAAGUUUAAUCUAAAGAAAUAUAUAGAUGACGUAAUAGAACAUAUCCUUAAUCUAGAUGAUGUACCUAUUCCUGUACGACAUUUGUUCAGUAUUUUAGAAAAGGCUGGUGCACAAGAAAACCAGGAUAGCACAACCAUAGGAUCAUGGAAAAUACAGAGUUACGCUAUAAGAUUUUGGACCAGGCUUUUGUCUCAACCAGAACUCUUAUUUGACUUAAAUAAAGAAAGUGAAAAAUAUGUUCAACCUAACCUGAACGUUAUACAGUUGGCCUAUAUUGAUAGUUUUUCACCUCCACAGAGACUGGACAAGAAUUCACCUUCCCAUAAACUCUUAUUCUAUAAAGACUGUGCUGAUUACAGAGAAUCCAUUCAGAGUUUCCUUAAAUCUAAAAGGAAUUGUGAACCCGUUAGUAAUACAGAACUUUCUGCUGAAUUAACCAAGUUACCCACAGUGGCAGCUUCCAUACCAAUAAACAGACAGAGCGUAUUGUACCAGAUCUAUUCAGUUAUAGACAGUUACAUGGGACAGAUUGUAACAGAUCUAGAUAAAAGGAAGGAAUCGAGUCGACUGGAGUUGUCAGAAAAACUACAUAAAGUCUUUGAAACCAUGCGAAAUAGUUAAGAGGUUCAUCUAUUUUCUCAUUAAUAUUGUAAAUAAGUUCUAUAUACCAUUGCUGUAAAAUGAUAGCACAUUUUCAUACGUGUUUUCUGAAGUGUUAAAAAGAUUCAUCAAGCAAAAGCAUGAUUAAAGAUGCAAUUUCAUUUUUUUAUUAAUUAAUAUAUAAAAAAUACAUGUACACAACACAAUGGAGUUUUAAAUAUUAAAUUCUUAUUGUCGAUCCA